AAGGUGACAAUAGAAUUUAUAGACGUGAAGAAUUUUUAAAGAAAGUAACAAAAAGAGAAAGAAAAUGCCGAAACCAAUCAAUGUAAGAGUAACUACAAUGGAUGCUGAACUGGAAUUUGCCAUUCAGCCCAAUACAACUGGCAAACAGCUUUUUGACCAGGUGGGGAAAAAAGUUGGUUUGCGUGAGGUCUGGUUUUUUGGGCUGCAGUAUGUAGACAGCAAAGGUUAUUUUACGUGGCUUAAACUAAAUAAAAAGGUGACACAGCAAGAUGUUAAAAAAGAGAAUCCUUUACAGUUCAAGUUUAGAGCUAAAUUCUUUCCUGAAGAUGUUUCUGAGGAAUUAAUUCAAGAAAUAACCCAGAGACUUUUCUUCUUGCAAGUUAAAGAAGCCAUAUUAAAUGAUGAGAUAUAUUGCCCACCAGAAACUGCAGUUCUUUUGGCCUCCUAUGCUGUCCAAGCCAAGUAUGGAGAUUAUAAUAAAGAGGUUCAUAAACCAGGCUACCUGGCUAAUGAUAGACUCCUACCCCAACGUGUUUUGGAACAACAUAAACUGACAAAAGAACAAUGGGAAGAAAGAAUACAGAACUGGCAUGAAGAACAUAGAGGAAUGCUAAGGGAAGAUUCAAUGAUGGAAUACUUGAAGAUUGCGCAAGAUCUAGAAAUGUACGGUGUCAACUAUUUUGAAAUAAAAAAUAAAAAGGGUACCGAAUUGUGGCUAGGCGUUGAUGCUUUGGGUCUGAAUAUUUAUGAGCAUGAUGACAAGUUAACACCUAAAAUUGGCUUUCCCUGGAGUGAAAUCAGAAAUAUUUCAUUUAAUGACAAAAAAUUUGUUAUAAAGCCAAUCGACAAAAAGGCACCUGAUUUUGUUUUUUAUGCACCGCGUCUAAGAAUCAAUAAGCGGAUUUUGGCCUUAUGUAUGGGAAACCAUGAACUGUACAUGCGACGAAGAAAGCCUGAUACUAUUGAAGUACAACAGAUGAAAGCUCAGGCUAGGGAGGAGAAACAUCAGAAGCAGUUGGAAAGGGCACAGUUAGAGAAUGAAAAGAAGAAAAGAGAAAUAGCAGAAAAAGAAAAAGAAAGAAUAGAACGUGAAAAGGAAGAACUAAUGGAACGUCUAAGGCAAAUUGAAGAACAGACAUUGAAAGCCCAAAAAGAACUAGAAGAACAGACUCGAAAAGCUCUAGAACUGGAUCAGGAACGAAAACGAGCAAGAGAAGAAGCUGAACGGCUAGAAAAGGAGCGUCAAGCUGCUGAAGAGGCCAAGUCUGCUAUAGCAAAACAAGCUGCUGACCAGAUGAAAAAUCAGGAACAGCUAGCAGCAGAACUUGCCGAAUUUACCGCCAAGAUUGCCCUUCUAGAAGAAGCCAAAAAGAAAAAGGAAGAGGAAGCAACUGAGUGGCAACACAAAGCUUUUGCAGCCCAGGAAGACUUGGAAAAGACCAAAGAAGAGUUAAAAACUGUGAUGUCUGCUCCCCCUCCCCCUCCACCACCACCCGUCAUUCCUCCAACAGAAAAUGAACAUGAUGAACAUGAUGAGAACAAUGCUGAGGCUAGUGCCGAAUUAUCAAAUGAAGGGGUAAUGAACCAUAGAAGUGAGGAAGAACGUGUAACGGAAACACAGAAAAAUGAACGCGUAAAGAAACAACUUCAGGCAUUGAGUUCAGAAUUAGCCCAAGCCAGAGAUGAAACCAAGAAAACACAAAAUGACGUUCUUCAUGCUGAGAAUGUUAAAGCAGGCCGUGAUAAAUACAAGACUCUUCGACAAAUUCGGCAAGGCAAUACAAAGCAGCGUAUUGAUGAGUUUGAAGCAAUGUGGGGACCCAAGUUGUAUGCCUUGUUCCAGAUGCGAUCUUGCCAAAGCAGUAUAAAGCAAAUGUAAUAGGACAAAGGCUCCCUGACCAGGUCCCCGGCCGCUCACACAUGGCAAGCGUUAGGAUAAGGACAUGCCAAGACAGCCCUAUUGUUCUGAAUGUGUGCAUUCCCCAAAGUCUGAAUCUCAGCUGGAACUCGAUGGACCAGUAUUCCCUCAACCAGGAUUCUUGCUGAUGGUUCUUCUCCUCAUCUCUGUUGCUGUUGGUUUUCCCUUUCUUGCUCUUUCCAAACCUGUCUCGAUUGCCUUUCCUAGGGACAGACCUGAGGAAAUGGGCCAGGACUUGGGACUUCUGCCUUGCACCCUGCAGUCCCAAGCCAGCAUCCAUGGCACCCGUCUUCAAGGCACUGUCCCCCAAAUGCCUUCAGGCAUCAGCUUCUGAGAACCCACUGUUUCUGCAUGAUCAGCUUGUAAGGAGGAAUCUAUGGGGAGAAUUUUCCACUUAAAAAAAAAUGUGUGUGACUUUUUGGCUUCGAUCUGAGAGUUAACUCAGUGGUGCACAGCUCUGUUUCCAUGUGCACUUGUGUGGAAUCUGAAGAAAUUGAUGCAACACACCCUUUCCUGUCUGGGCUGUUUGUAUAAUUGUAUAUAAAUGUAGCAAUAAAUACAGUCUAAUAUCA